GCAACCACCAACCCCGCCGCCGCCGCCCUCAUGCUCCCGCUCGCACCCACCCUCGUUGUCUCUGGGCAACGGCGUGGAACGAGGAAGGAAGGGGCAGUAGGACGGCAGGUAUAAAACAGAGCCUAGUCCCCUCUGGCUCCCUGAACCCCGCAGCAGCUCCCUUACGUCGACCCAAUAACAAGAUGAAGCUCUCCGCCGGCUUCUUCGCUUCGGCACUCGUCAGCUGGACCUUAGUCUGCGUCGCUGCAGCUCCCCUUGACGGUCCCGCAUGUGCCUCCCAGGAAGCCGUUGCCCUUCGUAACCAGUACGACAGCGCUUGCCGCGUCGCUGCAAAAGCCCGCCCCUUCCUUCCUGCAGGCAAUGCAACCGUUCACUGCGUCAAGGACGGCAAGUUUGUCGGCUACUGUAAGGCGGGCGAUCAAUUCAUCAACAUAAAGUCCGUUCCCCUCGUCAGACCCAUGGUUUUCUCGGAUUUCUCAGACAGCAGCGACGACCCCGCCGUUUUGGACAGAUAUUUCGCAUUUUGCUCCAUCAGCUGUGGAAGGGCCUCAAACACGAUCGAAAACGGGAGCGCCCCAUUGCCUCAGCUGCUGCCUCGUUGGGCUACUUGCGUAUGCAGCAAGACUGGGUUGCCCAAUGCGUUCGUAUCGGAUGAGAUGUACCCCGAGAAACCGCUUCCCGAGCGCCUUGACGAUCGCUGCGAAUCUCUAGCCUUUGACCAGCUCCGAGGUCGCUUUGCAAAGGUCUGCAAAGACGCUGGCGCUCGCUUGUUGAAGGGCCCCAUCACCAGCUCCUCCGGCGAGGUCUACUGUGGGGGUAGAUAUCUCGGUGAUUGUUCCGUCAAUGGGCAAUCAAUCAGGAUUACCUCUUUUCCGGAAGUCCAGCCUCUGAAGUCCUACGAUCUGGCCCAGUACUACAACGCCUCCGCCAAACCAUGGGAAACGUACGAACGCGGCCACCAAUUCGCACUAGAAAGCUGCCGUGCGGAGUGUGGCACAGACAGUAUCAACACUCUCGACGACGGCCACUCGGGCAUGGCCUACGGCGGCCGCUUUGCCCACUGCUUUUGUCCUAACGGCUCCCAGCCUCUCUCGGGCACCCCCGCGUUGCCGUUGGCACCAAUGUUGAUCGACACGCCUCCGCCUCCCUCCCAGCCUCCGCGCCCGGCCUGCGACUCACUGGAAUUGCAGGGUAUCCGGGACCGCUUCACAGCUGCCUGCGAGACUGCCUAUCGUACCUUGAGUCCUACCCUCGGCCUCCGUCUUGCAUCGACUGACGUUGCCUGCGCUGAUGUUCUCCUCGGUUCAUGCGAGAUCUCAUUGGACCGGAAAUUGCAUACCGUCUUCGCUAUCAAAUCCAUUCCCGGUGUCAUACCCCUCAAUUACUACAACCUUACGAACUUCAACAGUGGAGUUAUCCCCCAUGGCCCUGGUUUAGGCCCUUACAAAUCGGGCUACCGCUACGCGUCCCGCCUUUGUUCAAACGCCUGCUCCUCUGACACCCCCGGUGCCAUCAACGAUGGCAAGAAUGGCUUGGGUGUCCCGGAGGGGUAUGCCACCUGUUUCUGCUUGGAUGGUACGCAGCCAGAUAUCAGCGACGCGAAGAUGCCCAUGGUGCGGUUUCUGACGGAGCCUGCUGCUCCCGUGAACACAAGCACUUCCACCACCACCGCCACCACCACCACCACCUCACACUCAACUUCCACCUCCACCAUCACCUCUACCCCCACCACCUCUACCCGUACCUCUACGUCUACCCGUACCUCCACGACCCCCACAAGAACCACCACCGCCACCACAACGUCCUCCGUAACCCAGCCCCCUCCCACUCCCACAUGCGCCCCUCCCCGCGUCGCCCAAACCAUCAACCAAGUCUUCAACACCUGCAAAUCCCUCGCCCAGUCCCACGGCAUCACCCCCUUCGGCACGUUCGGGACCGCCGCGGCGCUGCCGGACAUCAAGAAGCGCUGGUGGGACCUCAACUGCGACUGUUUCGUCGGGUGGGGCUACUUCAAGGUCGACCCGUGGUACAGUGUCGGCACGCUGGUCCCGGGGCAGCUGGAGAAAUGGAACUCGGCGAAAUGUAAUUGCAAGAUUGCCCAGCUGUGGUAUGGGAUCACUGACGCUGGGUUUGGGAAAGCUACCGCGGGCGUGCAGACGUUCUGGAAGAAGGACCAGUGUGCGGUGAGAUCUUGGUGUGUGCAGCCUUAGAUCUCUGCCCAUAGUGCCCUUGAAGGCGUUCGCUGUUGCAUGUUGAUUCAACGAUAUAUGUAGAUAGACCUAUAUAGACUACAGAACUUAUAUCAAUAUGCCUAGGCCCUUUGCAGUUCUUGCCAUGUGUCCCA